GAAGGAAUUAGUCUUUAUACGUUGCCUCUCCCUCUAAAAAUUUAAUUUGCAAUGGCGACCCUAAUGUAUCACAUGUUGUCAUCGUCUUCACUGUUAUCUCUGGGAUUCUACCACCUCAUCUGCACCACCCGGAACCGCCUCAAAUCCGCCGGAGACUACGUCGCCAAACCCUACCACCCUCUCUCCUUCAUAUCUCAGCCGCAUCUCCGCCGUCUACCUCUUUAUCUCCUCCUUCUCUGCCUCCUCAUUUCUCUGAUCCAUCAAUCGCUCGUCUCUUUAGAUGCCGAUCCUCUCCUCAAAGGUCAUACUCCGGUGCACCGUUUCACCUCACUUCAAGCCGCCGCCGUUGUUUUCUCGUUUCUAAUACUCGUUGUUUUUCUCCUUAUCUCCGAGUCAACUUCUCUUCUCCCUCUUCCUCCCGAUCUGUUCUUCGCUUUAGCUGCUGCACUUUUCUACCUACAGUAUUCGGUAUCCGAUUCUUCUGCUUCCGUUCAAACCUCCGAUCUCCAGGCUAAAUGUGAUUCCGUUUCAGCUCGCAUUUCUGCGCUCUCCGCGUUACUUUGUCUCGUGAUUGCUGUUCAACCUAAGCUUUUCCUAGCUGAUGUUGCUUUAGCUGCUUCUAUCUGUCUCCAGGGACUAUGGGUUCUACAGACGGGACUUUCGCUUUACGUUGAUGCGUUCAUACCUGAGGGUUGUCAUAAGUUGUUGGAUGUUGUUACUGGGGUAGAAGGUUCAACCAAAUGCGAUUUGGAGGACUCUAAGCUCAGGGCUAUUGCUAUACUUGAUUUGGCUUUUGUCGUUCACGUGAUGUUUGUCUUGCUCAUUGUUACAGUCACCUAUGCUGCCGUUGCUAAAACUAUUGGUAUCAGGAGAUUUGGUUCUUAUGAGGCUCUGCCCAACGCUGACUCGAGUCAUAUACAAAUGAAGGCUAUGACGGGAACUCAAGCUUGAUUAUCGUUGCAUUAGGUUAUAGGAGGGAGGCGGCAUUCCAAUCAGAUUAGUCCAUCAUUCUCAGCUGUCAUAUCUCAAUCAAGAACAACAACAAUCUAAAAACGAGCUAAGCCCGCCAAGAAGGUUUCCCAAAGCAGAUAUAUAUAGCGAAGUUCGGUUUUGUUUUUGCAGAGUUCAAUCUUGUUGAUGGAGUAGAAGCAGUUUCUUUUGUAUGGACCCAAUACUUUACAUUAGACUGUAUUUUAUUUGGACAAAAUGUUGUAUGAAAUGUCAAA